GAAAACCUCUCCUCAAUCCUUUUCAGAAGCUAGUUGUUGCUCUGUAAUAUCUUCCUGGGAGAAAAAUAGCAGAAAUGAAGGCCUCACUUAUUCAGGAUCUAGUUAUGAGAAUUCCAUUCGCUUCAGCAACUUCCCAAGUUGGGAAGUCAUCAAUUAGAUACUUGCCUGAUUCUUCUGGCCAAUACAAGAAGUCUUCUCAAAUUUCAAAACAGAGCAAAGCAAACUCGGUUUUUGGUAGGAUGAACAAGUUUGGGAGAAAGGCUGACAGUUUUGCACAUGAAGUCCGUGAACAUGUGAGACUGGGACCAAAGAUAACUGAUACAGUGAAAGGAAAGUUAAGUCUAGGAGCUAGAAUUCUUCAGGUUGGUGGAGUGGAGAAAAUCUUUAUGCGAUUUUUUAGUGUUAAAGAAGAAGAGAAGCUGCUAAAAGCGUCACAGUGCUAUCUAUCAACGACAUCUGGUCCUAUAGCAGGACUUCUCUUCAUAUCCACAGAAAAGGUUGCUUUUUGCAGUGAAAAAUCCAUUAAGCUCACAUCACCUGAAGGAGAUGUGAUAAGAGUCCACUAUAAGGUCUCGGUUCCUCUUGGAAAGAUAAAGAGUGUCAACCAAAGUAAGAAUGUGAAGAAGCCUUCCCAAAAAUACUUAGAAAUUGUUACCAUGGACAACUUUGAUUUCUGGUUUAUGGGUUUCUUAAAUUUCCAGAAAACCUUCAAAUACCUGCAGCAUGCAGUCUCGAGAUGUUAGAGGAGGAGAAAGUUCAUGUGUAAUUGAUCAGAUAUUUUUGUAAUGCAUCAAUGGGAC